GUUUUAAUGUGGUAAGAACAACCACUUUCGCAGACACUUUGUUAAAACGGCAUUAUGGAAGCCUCGAAUCAAAUGAUCUGUUCUAUGCAUCACGCUCAGUACUAGGAUCACUGUCACAUGUGGCACAAGCUUUGUGAGAACCUAAACGUAUAUGAGAAAGAUGUCAAACUGGGGUGAGAUUCCAACAGUUCCAGAGACGGACUCUGGAAUAAUGGCGAUUGAGAGGGAGCAGAUCACCAAACCACGGCCUAUGGAUGUAGAGGGUCCAUGGCUUUACCAGCCGUCCAGUCGUCACAGUCCUCCUACUAAUGACUCAUUACCUGCAGAAAGGUUUCAAAUUGAUGCCAUCACCUUGCACACAAUUCGUCUUCUCCAGCACGCUCGAAAGUUGAGACAUCUGAUACACACAGUACAACAACAACUACAGGAAAACCUGAAAACUGGCGAUGCAGACAUCACCUACCCUGCCACACCCAGUAUCCCAGAGUUUGAGGGACCACCUCCGAAACACAACUUCCUGAAGCCUGUGCCUUUCAUGCCAAUUCCACUGGAAAAUUUGUCUGACUUUGUGAAGGGGAAAUCAGAACCUCCGCCAGUUGUGGACGACAUGGCUUGUCGCAAACUUCUGCGUCGCUCUGUGGCUACAAUUUGUGCACACGCAGGCUUUGACAAUUCCAGUGAGUCUGUGUUGGAAAUGCUAACAGAUUUGACCAGCGAGUAUUACCUACAGUUCACCAAACACAUGAGAGCUGCAGCUGACCAUCAAGCCCUUCAUGGAUCCUCUGGUUUCCCUGAUAUCAUGUGUCAGGUGUUUGCCGAGAUGGGACUGGGUAGUAUCACGACGCUGCACGACUUCUACCAGACGCGGAUCCUACAGUACCAUGAGAAUAUGAUAGAAACCUGUCAGCAGCUCUCACAGGAAUACAACAAACUCAAACAUCCUCUUGAAAACAAACAAGAGACCUUCACCUUGAUCAAGAUCAAGGAGGAAGCAUAUACUGAUAUUCAGUUUCCUAACCUGGAUGAUACGGAUGAAGAUCCUGAGCAGUUGCUUCAGCUGGAUGCUCUGGGUAGCUUUGAGAUCACUGUGGAGCAGGAAUCUGCAUCUGGUCUGACCACAGAGGUAGAGUCUAAGUGGAUGAAUCAAGGGAUAAAAUCUGAGCCUCCAGAUCUCAAGUAUGCAAAGUGAGUCCACAAUAUACAUACUUCUGCUUACAAACAUAGCCUGUGUCAACCACCAAGAGGUUGUAUCAACCACGAAGAGAAAAACAUUUUCCAGGUCAACUCUUCACAGCCCCCUCUCCCUCCAGUUUUAUUUGUCAAGCAUCUCAUAAGCAAAAGAAUGUAUAGCAUGAACACCAGUAAACUAACACCAUUAAAGUCCAGUUUAUCACCUAGAACUUCAUGGAUUUAUUUUUUUUUUGUCUGAUUGCACUGUUGUACUAAAUAGGUGAAAAGAGAUUCAAGUUACGAUUUAAU